AUGCUGAAGCUCAGGAAGAUGCAGCAGGAGAAGGAGGCGGCGGCAGCGGCUGCUGCUGCCGCCAAGUCAGAAGCGGCGGCGCCUGCCGAAGGGACGACAACGACGGGGGAGACCAGCACCAGCGGAUCGGCGCCCGGGGGCUACGUGCUGAAGAAGACUAAUUCCAAGGAGCUCCUUAGCGUGAGGAAGUCCAAGUCCAAGGAAAAUGUCAUGUCUCUUCGCACCAACACCAACCGCAAGAAGGAGAAGACGAAGGCCGUUGAGCUCCGAGUCCACAAGGAUGUGGCCGAGAUCGACAACAUUCCCGGUUGUGAAGUGGACUUCCCUGAUCCCAACAACCUGAUGGUGUUCUUCGUUAACGUGACGCCGAGCGAUGGUCUCUACACGGGCGCGACAUUCAAGUUCCAAGUCACCAUCCCUCCUUCCUACCCGUACGACCCUCCCAAAGUCGAGUGCCAGACCCUCGUCUACCACCCCAACAUCGAUUGGGAGGGUCACGUCUGCCUCAACAUCCUCCGCGCCGACUGGAUGCCUGUCCUCAACCUCGGCUCGGUCCUCUUCGGCCUCGUUACCCUCUUCCUCGAGCCCAACCCGGACGAUCCUCUCAACAAGGAGGCGGCGCAGCUCAUGAUUGACAGACCGAGCGAGUUCGAGAGCAACGUCAAGCGCACUCUCCAGGGCGGUUACUUCAUGAGCAGGCAGUUCCCCAAGCUCAAGUAA